AUGAGCACCUCUCUGGACCUCGCCGAGGUAGCCCAGGCCCUUCCAGCCCAGGAUCAGGCUGGAGAGCCUCAGGGUGCCUCUGAUUCUCCUUGGGCGGCUGCUGAAGCCACCAAUUACGAAGUCCUGACCAACACCGAGUCACGUGCAGCCUUUGAUGGAAGCGCUGCUAUCUACGAGUUCAAGGAGGAAUAUGGUGAUGUUGGUCCCAAGUUUGAAGAGCUCGAGGUCGAGCUCUUUGGACGGCCAGAUGAACGAUCUGGAACAGGUUUGGACUUUGCCAACAUUGCCGAGAUUGAAGUUCAGCAAGAGGGUCCUGUGAAAAUCGACGCCAUUGGGUCUUUCAAGACUGCUGGGCUUCAUCCAGUAAUGCUUGAGAAUGUUGAGCUGGCUGGGUACGAGUAUCCUACACCCAUCCAGAAGUACACCAUCCCUUCGAUUCUUCAAGGCUACGAUGUGAUCGGCAUUGCGCAGACAGGCUCUGGAAAAACUGCCGCUUACUUGAUUCCUAUCUUGAGCAAACUGAUGGGCAAAGCCAAGAAGCUGGCCGCUUAUCGCCCCAACCCUGCCACUUUUGAGUAUGGCCGUGAUGAAGUCAAGGCUGAGCCUCUGGUUCUUGUUGUCGUUCCUACAAGAGAGCUUGCAGUCCAGAUCUUCAAUGAAGCUCGCAAGUUUGCCUAUCGUACCAUGCUGCGACCCUGUGUGGUUUACGGAGGUCUCCCAAUCCGCGAGCAAAUCAACUUGCUUAGCAAGGGAUGUGAUAUCCUCAUUGGAACCCCAGGACGUCUCAUUGACUUCAUUCAUCGCCCUGACAAGCUCACUCUCCGUCGCCUCAAGUACAUCGUUAUCGAUGAAGCCGAUGAAAUGCUUGACGAUGAUUGGAAGCAAGAGCUUGAGCAGAUUCUCAAUGGAGGCGAACAGGAUUUGGGCAACAUCAAAUUCGGCUUGUUCUCAGCAACAUUCCCCAAGGCAGCUCGAGACCUUGCCAAGGACCAUCUCGCCGCUUCCCACGUUCGCUUUCGCGUCGGUCGAGCUGGAAGCACGACUCAGAACAUCAAACAGCGAAUCAUUCAGAUCGAUCGUUCGGAGAAGCGUGAUGUUCUCAUCAGCUUGCUCCAUGAUCUCCCUGGUGUCCGCACCAUCAUCUUUGUCAACAGCCGAUUUGAGGCUGAUAGUCUCGAUGACUUCUUGUUCAACAGCAAGCUUCCUGUCACUUCGAUUCACGGAGAGCGUACCCAGGUUGAGAGAGAGUAUGCCAUGCGAGCAUUCCGUUCUGGAAAUGCUCCGAUCUUGGUUGCCACCGGAGUAUCUGCCCGAGGUAUCGAUGUCCGUAACGUGAUGCAUGUCAUCAACUUCAACCUUCCAUCCAUCGAACAUGGUGGGAUCGAAGAAUAUACUCAUCGCAUUGGCCGGACUGGCCGUAUUGGUCACCGUGGGCUGGCCACCUCAUUCUACACCGAGCACGACGAACCCCUUGCCAGCGUUCUCACUCGCACCCUUCUGGAGACUGAGCAAGAAAUCCCGGAUUUCCUCGAGCAGUAUGUCCCCGACGGCUAUGCCAAAGGCCAGGGGAACCUCAAGUUUGAAACCGAAUCUGAUUUUGACCCCAAUGACCUUGGCUCCAACGAAUUUGGUGGUGGUGGCGAUUCUGGUGGCGGCGGUGGCUGGGGAGGAGACGCCGAUGCCAAUGCUGGCGCUGAUGCCUUUGGAGCAGCUGAGCCUUCCGGAGAUGGCGCCGCCUGGGGCGCGGAGCCUGCAGCUCCUACUGCUCCAGCUGGUGACAGCGGUGACACUUGGGGCGCCAACCCAUCACCUUCUGGCCACGGAGGCCAAAACAUCAACCCCUCAACCGACAAUGCCGGUUGGGGAACCUCCGAUGGCAAUACCGGAGGAGGUGGAUGGUAA